AUGGGUCCCCUUAAGCUUAACACGGUUUCCGUAUCCUUCGCCGUCACGCCUACAGUCAUCUCCACCCUAUUAUCUCAUUACCUCAACCGCAAGGCUUUGGAACAGAAGCCAACCGCCAGCAUUUCGUACCACGAAGGCCUACAACUCAUCCGAUCGUUCCUUCAGUUCGCUUCCUACCAUACCGUAGAGGAACUCCAGUCCUUCACCAGUCAAUGGGUCCCUCACCCGCAAUGGGUCCGCGUCAAGGAUGUGAUUAUUCCCAAGUCCCAGCUCGACGAGGCUGCUUCCCUGCUUCAAGCCCAGCUCGGCCAGGACGGAAUUCAAAAGGUCGGGGGGCACAAUUGGUGGCAGUGGAGGCAAUCCGAGAACCCACUGAAGGCCGAGUGGAUCGAGAUGAGAUCUGACUACCUGGAGCGCAAGGGGAGUGGCCAGUCAUGCAGGCGGGUCAUGCUUUACGUCCACGGCGGUGCGUACUAUUUUGGCAGCGUCGGUGAACAUCGCUAUCAGAUGCAACGCCAUGCCCGAAAGCUCAGAGCCAGGGUCUUGGCCCCUGAGUACCGCCUUGCUCCUCAGUACCCCUUUCCCUGUGGCCUCCAGGACUGUCUUGCUGCCUACUUGUAUCUUCUCAGCUUCCAGGAGCCCAACACCAUUCUUCUCGCUGGUGAUUCAGCUGGCGGCGGCAUGAUCUUGUCCAUCAUGUGCACUCUCCGCGACCAAGGCAUUCCUCUGCCUGCUGGCGCGAUUCUGAUCAGCCCCUGGGUAGAUCUCACUCAUUCCUUCCCCAGCGUAGCCGAAGAAAACGACUUGGACUAUAUCCCGGCGUCGGGCUUUCACCAUAAACCGUCGCGGGCUUGGCCGCCCCCGAACGAGGAUGACAUGGCUAUGAUAAAAGAACAGGCCGAAAAGAAGCGCGCUGGGAAUGAGAAAGCGACCAAGACUAGCAUCCUUGAAGCAAAACAGGCCAGCCCUUUUAAGAUGGCACCCGCUACUGGACAAAUGAUAAACGGCGCUGCACCCCCGGAGUCCCGUGACUUGACCGAGAAGCCCCCGGAAAUUCCGAACACAUCGAUUCUUCUCUCGCUUACCAUCGAUGGGAAGCACACUGUCGUGAAGGAUCAGAUUCAGAUGUACACGACCAACGAACUUCUAUCCCAUCCCUUGGUAAGCCCCGUCACUCAGCCGACCUUAGGAGGGCUUCCUCCUCUGUUGAUUAUGGUAGGCAGUGGAGAGAUCUUGCGGGAUGAGCAAAUCUAUCUCGCCCACAAGUGUGCCGACCCUGCCAAGUAUGCACCUCCCGAGGAGAAAAUGGACAAUGCAGCCAAGGAGCUUCUGAGGAGAUUCAGGCCAACCAACGUUCAACUGCAAGUCUGGGAUGACCUUUGCCAUGUCGCACCGACGCUCAGUUUCACAAGACCCUCAAAGUAUAUGUAUCGCUCGAUCGCACAAUUCGGCGCCUGGGCUCUCGCCCGAGCUCAGGAGGCCGCUAUUGACAUUCUUGACGAUGACGCCAUCUCUGUAAUAUCUAGCUCUGAGUCGGACUCAGGCGGCGACAUGGUGCAGCAGAAUGUGGGGGCGGUCGAGACCCUUCAGAACAACAGCUCUGCUGCCCAUUUUCAAGUCGGAAUGGCCGGCGACACCUUGCCCCCGUUCAAGGAACAUAUGAUUCGACAGAGGGUGACCCGGAGCGGUGUCAUAUACCCGUUGCCGCCGCCAUCAGAACUUCCGGCGUGCACCAUAGAUCCCAAAGAGAUUGGUGUGGCCAAAGAGAUGCCGGUUCGUAGAUGGCUGGCGAGGAAGAAAGAAUGGGAAACCAGGUAUGCUCGCGCCAGAGCCAGAGUUCACCGGAAGAUGAUCGAAGACAUGGCUGCGGGGUUCGUCAGAUACAGUGACGGCGAGGACCCUCCACCGACGGCCCUCGCCGGACGGAGGAAAUUAGACUCCGAAGAAAACAUUAGAAAACCAACCAAGAGCAUCGGACUCGCUCUCUGGUCCCUCUGGGGUUCCAAACACGACGAAAUGACCGUGGAGAGGGAGAGAAGGGCAGAGCAACAACAGACAGAGCAGAUACCUGAUUUUGUGGUGGUCACUGAGGAGGUCUCCUCUCAAAACGCAACCCCGACACCCGUCGCUGGCCCUUCUUCGCCGUUGUCUCCCAGUACUGAACGGCCCCAGACCAGGUCCAGGACACGAAGUGUCGUCGACGAGCACCAGACAUGGCAGCAGAACGAGGAACUGGAUGAACGGACUCCCAUUGCAGGCCUCCUCGCCAUGCGCAAGGAGAGCGAGAGGAAAGCACAAGAGGAGGGAGGAGCCGGCAAGUCGGCCGAUUUUUUGAGCCCCGACUACGUCACCGAGACGGGUGUAGCUGGGAAGCGUCCCUUCCAGGAUGGUAUCGCCCUGCCAUUCAGUCUCGACAAGGAGGCUGAUUCUGCCAGCAUGGUGACGCUCGAUUCGACGGGUGGCACUUCUGAUGUCAGACCCAAAAGCCCCAUUCAGUCUUCUUCCAGAGAUGCAGUGUCUACACAGGCGAUCCCCAUCGCCGGUCUGCUGCACCUCCAGAAUGUGAGGGGCUUCCCGGUCGUCUUACCGGCCCAACAAGCGCUUGGUGAUGCGGUGCUUCCCUAG